UGAAUAGGGAUGGGGUCUGCCAAGACAGUGCCUUGUGGUGUCCCCCUGCCCAGAUCAGCUCUCAGCUGGACCCUGCCCUGUGCUUGUGCUCUGGUGUCUGUGGUGCUUUUUGGGCUCCUGGCUGCCUUGGUAGCACGGUGCUGGGCAUCCCUGACCACUGCAGCCCACGCAUCUUGUGCCAUGUCCUGGUGUGGUAGCCCUGAUGUGCUGGCCCUGGCGGUGGCUCAGCCCCAGGGCUGGCUGGGAUGAGGGAAAUCAAUGAAUUCCCCAAACGGGAAGGUCCGGGGGAGGGGAGAGCGCAGGAAAAAGUGCAGGCAGUGACGCGUGACGGGCAGAGCAGUGCCGGCCGCCCCGAGAGCACAGCCCCAUGCAGUGCCCUGGAGCCUCUCACCCACCUCCACCACCCACCGUGGUCCCCACGACCACGGCAUGUUCCGUUCGCGCCGCGCCGGGCUGGUGCGGAGGCUGUGGCGGCAGCGCUGUGCAGCAGCCAGCCCCGAGGAUGGCCCCGCUGCCCUCAAGCCAGCGGUGCAUGCCCUCUUCAAGAAGCUGAAGGAUGAGGAGCUGGAGCUGCUGGUGCAGGUGGUGGAGAGCCGGGGCGCCUGGGAGUCCGGCUGCGUUCUGGCACCACGGGGGGACCCACGAGGGGUCAAGCAGGGGCUCCCCCCUCAAGUCCUGCUCUGUCGCCUCUUCCGCUGGCCUGACCUCCACCAGUCCCAUGAGCUCAAGCACCUCUGCUACUGUGCUGGGGGCCAGGGAGCCUGCGGGGACUUGGCUGGGCUGUGCUGCAACCCCCAUCACUUCAGCCGCCUGGCUGUACCCGAAACUCCGCCACCCCCGUACUUGAAGGCGUCCUGUGGUCCCUCCUGGCCAGAUGAGCCCCAGCUCAUGGAGUUCAGCUAUGACGGAGGGGACUGGUGCGACACCAGUCUCUCAUGGAGCACCAUCACGGACGGCUGCUGGUGCAAACUGGCUUACUGGGAGUACCGGACGCGCGUGGGCCGCCUGUACGCCGUGCACGAGGCAUCGGUGAACGUUUUCUGCGAGCUGCCCUGGGGCAGCGGCUUCUGCCUGGCACAGCUGCCCGCUGCCUACCGCAGCUGCGCCGUGCGCCGGGCACGGGGCAAGAUCGGCCGGGGGCUGCAGCUGAGCCAGGAGCCGGGCGGGGUGUGGGCCUACAACCGCAGCGAGCACCCCAUCUUCGUCAGCUCGCCCACCCUGAGCCCCCCCGGGCUGCCUGUCCUCAAGGUGCUGCCCGGCUACUCGGCAAAGGUGUUCGAUUAUGAGCGGGCAGGGGGCACAGGGGGCUGGCAGCUGCCUGGGGAGGGGCCCUGUGACCCCCACAGUAUCCGCAUCAGCUUUGCCAAGGGUUGGGGACCCUGCUACUCUCGGCAGUUCAUCACCUCGUGCCCGUGCUGGCUCGAGGUGCUGCUGAACCAGCCACGCUGAGGGUGGAGCUGGUGGGGAGGUGCCAGGGAGGUCCCCCAAAGCAGGUUCACAAGCUGGGGGGCCCUUCUACUGUUCCUCAGCCUGUGUCUUCCGGGGCUGUGUUGCAGCAGGAUUGUCCUGGCUCUGGGGACUCUGUGCCUCAGUGCUGACUGGAUGCAAUGCCCCUCUUGCAGGGUUCACCACCUUGCCAGCACCUGCUUCCCCCAGCCAUGGGGCUCUCAGUGACACAGGACACUAUUUAAUAUAUUUUUAUUAUUAUUAUUAUUAUUUUAAUGUUUAAGUUUAUAUUAAUUUAUCUAUUUUUGUAUAAAAAGCAGAGCAUGAGGCAGGAGUCCCCAUUGUCAGGGCCAGGCCUGGGGGUGGCAGCUAGGGCUGGUGGAGACAGGGGGAGCAGGAGA